AGAUCGCUUGUGGGAAGCGUGGAAAUACUGGCACGGGAAGACAUACUCAACACGAGAUGACGAGACAACAAGGAGAAACGUUUGGGAAAAGAACAUGGACGCUAUCUUUGCCCACAAUGCAGCGGGGAAGAGUUAUACUUUGGCCAUGAACAAAUAUGGUGAUCAGAUACAGCUUCACGGAUACACAAAUGCCGUCACAAAUGGUGAAACCUGGGAACGAGAAGAAAUGAACCGGGCGCGUCAUCCCGUUGCCAUGGGAGCGUGUGGCGGGACCACGCCCCCCUCGUCCCUGGACUGGCGUAAGAAGGGUGUGAGCAGCGGGGUGAGGGAGGAGGGGCAGACGGGGAAGGUCGUCCCUUUUGUACUGACAGAGGCUCUGGAGUGCUACCACAUCAUAAAGACAGGUCAGCUGGUCCAGCUGAGUGUCCAGGAGGCGAUGGACUGCUGCGGAGACUCGACGUUAGCCUCGGGGUUUGACUGUAUCAUCCACCGGACCAAGGGGCUCUGCAGCGCCGGGGACUACCCGACUCAACCCGCGGGGAACUGUAACGCCGCCUUCUGUCGCGCUGCCGCAAAUUGUAGAGACACCGGUCACGUCAUCAAGAACAACGAAACUGAUUUGAUGUGCGCCGUUGCCAUGACACCCACGGUGGCUGGUAUAGACGCCAGCCAGCCGUCCAUGGCGUUCUACCAUUCCGGCAUCUACCACGACCCGCACUGCUCAACCUCUGACCUCAACCACGCCCUGCUCGUGGUGGGUUAUGGGAGUUCUGGAGGGAUAGACUACUGGAUCUGCCAAAACAGCUGGGGUACAGACUGGGGGCUGGCGGGCUACAUACUCAUUGAGAGGGGGAAGAACACGUGCGGCAUCGCUUCUCAGGCUUUCUACCCGGUCUAAGAUGUGUCUCCGAUGAGAAUAAAAAAAAUGAUUUUCAAAAAGUUUUCAAUUUAAAUGCUUGUAUUGGAUUUGAAUAAUAACUUAUAGUUACUGCUUGGAUUACAAAAAUAUAUGGAUUCCAGUAUAUAUCAAUUUGAUACAAGAUUGAAGGCGCAAGCAUGUUUUGAAAUAAAAAAAAUAACUUAACUAGAAGGUAACAUUUGUAAUAUGGUCUCUUAUUCAAACACAUCCAUAUAUAUUCAUAUAUGCCCAGACAGGAGUCUAAAUCCCUCCUGCUAUAAAAUUGCAACCUGAUGUAACCCAACACUAGUUACCAUGGUGACAGGCGUCUGAU